AUGACCAAGACUCCCCAAGAUCUGCAGAUUGCCAUCCUGGGCGCUGGCAUGGGUGGCCUCACUACCGCCCUUGCUUUGGCCCAGCGUGGUUUCAAGAACAUCGAUGUCUAUGAGAACGCACAUGAUCUUGGCUUCGUUGGAGCUGGUAUCCAGCUGGCUCCUAACAUGGCUCGCGUGCUUGAUGGGCUCGGUGUCUGGAAGCCCAUUGAGGCCGAGGCUGUCAACAUCUCCGAUACAUCCGUGCGAGUUGGCGCCACUGAUGCUGAACUUGCUCACGUUGAUCUGCACUACAUUGAGAAAACCUAUGGCUACAAGCACAUGGUGGGACACCGCGCGUCGCUGGCCGACGGUCUCUACCAGGGCUGUUUGAAGGAGAAGGCCAUCAAGUUCCACUUUGCGACAACUGGAGAGAAGGUUGACGUUUCCGGCGAGCGCAAGCCCUCGUACAAGGUGGAAUGUGACAUUCUGCUUGGUGCCGACGGCAUCAAGUCUAACACCCGUGUCGAGAUGCUCAAGAAAUUGGACGUCAACGUGGGUGUCAAGGACACCAACCAGGCCGCUUACCGUAUUAUGAUUCACAAGGAUCAGAUCAAAGACGAUCCUGAGCUCCUGGCUCUGAUCAACGACACCCGCGUUACCCGCUGGAUCGGAGAGAAGCGCCACAUUAUCGCCUACGCGGUCUCCAACAACACCAUCUACAACCUCUCCACUACCCAGCCCGAUACCAACUUCGCCGCGGCUACUAACGCCACAUAUACCACCAAGGGUGACAAGAAAGCCAUGUUGGAAGUUUUCUCCGACUUCUGCCCCAUGGUCCAGCGCAUGCUAAACUACGUCCCCGAGGGCGAGGUCUGCGAGUGGAAAUUGCGCGUCCAUGACCCCCUCCCCACCUGGGUAUACGGGUCCGUGGCCCUGGUUGGCGACGCUUGCCACCCAACGCUGCCUCAUCUGGCCCAAGGUGCCGCCCAGGCCAUCGAGGACGGCGCCGUCCUCGGCGUUGCCCUCUCCCGCCUCCCCGAUACUAGCCCUGAGUCCAUCAACAAGGCUCUCCGCGUCUACGAGCGUGUCCGCAAGAGCCGCGCUGAGGCCCUGGUCAACAUGGCCGCUGCCUCCGGCCGCGCCUUGCACUUGGGAGAUGGUGCCGCCAAGGAGGAACGUGACCGUCAAUUCGCUGCUCUCCGUGAGGGCAAGGGUCCUGUGCCUGACAAGUGGGCUGACGCUGACGUCCAGCGUGAAAUCUACGGCUUUGAUUGCACCAAAGUCACCGAGGAGAAGUUCGAUGAGUACUUUAAGCAGAUGUAA